ACAAGUAACGCAGCCGUCGUCCUCUUGUCUAUUAUCCCUUGUUCGCUCAAACCUAAAAAACAAACAGCCGAGCCGACAGAUCUUCUUUGAUUCUACGAUUCAGUAGCAGGGAGGGAAGGUAAGGUUCAAUCACCCAGCAGAAGCAGAAUUGUAAUGGCUGAUGCUGCUGAAUUUCAAGAGGAUUCAAGAGCAUCUAUACUUGAUCUAAAUUCCACAGAUUCUACUGAGCUGUGGCUCAUACAAUGGCCUAAAGAUCAAGUUCCUGAUUUUGAUGGGCAACGAAUCUCGUUGGAUCUUCAUCAUGAUGAUGGGCAGUUGGGUACUUUUGAAGCUAAAUCAGGAAAAUCGUAUGAUGUUGUUAGCUUUGCAGCACAGGAGCCAAAAGCCACAGUGUUUCUCACUUCUUCAGCAGAUUCAAAAAUCCUUGGUAAGAUUACAAGGCGAGUUUCCUUUGCUCAUUAUAUGGAGCCUAGUGAAGUGCCAAAAGAUGACACCAAGAGGCUAAAACAGCUCUAUGAAAGGUCUUCUGCAACAUCAUUGACUAAUUCUACUUAUAAUAAUUUUGCAACCCCUUCAAAGUGUACAAGACCAGGCCAGUCAAGUGGCCGGGCCUCUACUCAUAGCAGCGGGCGUAAAAGUUCUUUAUCUGAAGAAAAGGUGCGACACAAGCCUAGCAGGUCUGGUCAGAGCUCGGACCAUUCUGAAGAAAAGAAAGCAAAGAAGAAAAAGAAACUUGUGGCUUGAGAUAAUGUUAUUGUCAUCUUGUGUUUAUUUAUUUGAACUUGUAUGACCAUUUUUGUGGGGGUAAUACCAGAUUUUUGACUCGUGUGUAAUACAAGAUUCGUACACGCUAGAGGCAACACAUUGUUUUUCUUAUUA